AUGAUGUGCAUUUCUCCUGUUCACAACUGCAACCUCACUCAUCCUCUUCCAAAUGUUCACAAGUAUUAUCAGUCUGGAGACUUAAUCAUUGGGGCUAUUAUUUAUCAGGUCUUCUUUCUUUCAAAUGAGGUCACUUUUCAAAGUGUUCCUUCUCAUGAUGUGCUUGAUCAGUACCUGUAAGAAAGUUCAACUUAUCUUUUAACAAUGGAGUUUCUAUCUACAAAAGAUAAAUUUAUCCCCAACUACAAGUGUAAUGACCAGACCACCACAGUGGCUGUCAUUGGAGGACCCCGUUCUCAGACCUGUCUCAACAUGGCAACCAUUCUGUGCAACUACAAAUUUCCCCAGAUCACAUAUGGAUCAGCUCCAUUAAUGAAUAAUGAAGCAGCAGCACAUUUUGUCAAAUGGAUGUUCCCAGGUGAGCUGUAUCAGCUUCAAGGAAUACUGCACUUACUAUUGCAUUUUGGAUGGACCUGGGUGGGGUUGGUUUCUCUGUAUGAGGAAGAUAGAGAGAGGUUCAUUCAAAAGAGUCUUUCCAUGUUUACAGAGAGAGGAAUCUGCUUUGACUUUAUACAAUGUAUCCCCCAAACGAUGUAUGGAAAUCAAGCUGCUGAAAUGGUGGAGGAGGCAGAUAAAUUAUACAAAGUCAUCAUGGGGAGUACAGUCAUUGCAGUGAUCUUGAAUACUGAAAUUACAGGCGUGGUGACUUUGAGAGUAAUGAUUUAUAUUUUAGAUUCUGAUGAUACUCCAAAGGAGAGAAAAGCCAAAGUUUGGAUCAUGACAGCCCAGAUGGAAUUCACCUCCAUUCUUAUGCAAAGACAGUUGCCCAUUGAUUUUCUCCAUGGUGCUCUGUCCUUUGCAAUACACUCAAAAGAGCUGACAGGAUUCCAACAAUUUAUGCAGAAGAGAAACCCAAACUUUGAAAAAGAAGAUGGCUUUAUUAGGGAUUUCUGGAAAGAUGCAUUUGAAUGCUCAUUUUCAAGUGAGAUGAUAGACGGGAAUGCUGAAAGGAUCUGCACUGGAGAAGAGAAGCUAGAGACUCUUCCUAAUUCUGUCUUUGAGACCACCAUGAGUGGAAUCAGUUACAGCAUCUACAAUGCAGUCUAUGCUGUGGAACAUGCUCUGAGGGCCAUGCACUCCUCCAAACUCAAAGGGGGUCAAAUAAUUGAUAAGAACAGAUUGAAUUUCUUCGUUCGAUCACCAUGGCAGCUCCAUCACUUUUUGCAGCAAGUCUCCUUUAACAACAGUGCUGGAGAACAGGUUUCUUUUAACCCAAAAGGCGAAUUAGAAACUGGAUUUGAUAUUUUCAGUUGGGUCACAUUCCCAAACCAGUCCUUUCUGAGAGUCCAAGUUGGAAAGAUCAACCCCACAGCUCCCCCAAACAAUCUUCUCACCAUUUCUGCCAAGGAUGCUGUUUGGCCCCACAUAUUUAACCAGACAUUACCUCUUUCCAUCUGUAACAAGAAAUGUCCUUUGGGCCAUAGCAAGAUAAAAGUGGAAGGGAAAUUAUCUUGCUGCUAUGACUGUAGACUGUGUCCAGAAGGGAAGAUAGCUGACCAGAUGGACUUAGAUGAUUGUUUCCCAUGUCCAGAAGAUCAAUAUUCAAACAAGGAUCGGGAUGGUUGCCUUCCAAAAAGCAUAACUUACUUGACUUAUCAGGAGCCUUUGGGGAUUUUUUUGGUAGUGAUCGCAGUGUCCUUUUCUUUCAUCUCAGCUCUGGUGCUGGCGAUCUUCAUUAAACACCAGGACACACCCAUUGUCAAAGCCAACAACAGGGACCUCACCUACACUCUUCUCAUUGCUCUCCUGCUCUCCUUCCUUUGCACUUUUCUCUUCAUUGGGCAACCUGACCAAGGGAAAUGUCUCUUGCAACAAACGGCUUUUGGCAUCAUCUUCUCUGUAGCUCUUUCUUGUAUCUUGGGGAAAACCACCAUUGUGGUUCUUGCUUUCAUGGCCACCAAGCCAGGCUCCCAAAUGAGGAAGUGGGUGGGGAAAAGGCUGGCGAUUUCUAUUGUCCUAUCUUGCUCCCUGGCACAAUUCUUCAAUUGUGUAGUGUGGCUGGCAAUUUCUCCCCCAUUCCCAGAUUCUGACAUGCACUCUAUAGCUGAAGAAAUUGUCCUACAAUGUAAUGAAGGUUCAACCACAAUGUUUUGUGUUGUCCUUGGCUUUAUGGGGUUCUUGACUGCUGUCAGCUUCACUGUGGCCUUCCUAGCUAGGAAUUUACCUGACAGCUUCAACGAAGCCAAAUUUAUCACCUUCAGCAUGUUGGUCUUUUGCAGUGUUUGGGUGUCAUUUGUUCCCACCUAUCUGAGCAGCAAGGGGAAGUACAUGGUCGCAGUGGAGAUCUUUUCCAUUUUGGCUUCAGCAGCUGGAUUACUGGGCUGCAUCUUUUCCCCCAAAUGUUAUAUCAUUAUUCUGAGACCUGAUCUGAAUAGGAAGGAGCAACUAAUAAAGAAAUGA